CCUGUCUUCAUUGGGUGGAGAAGGCAUUGUUACCAAAACAAACAAAAUACUAAAAGCAUUAUUAACUGAUGAUCUGGCAACACACUACAAUUUUAAAGGAAGGAAUAAGUUUGCCUUUGGUGAUUUAAAACUGAAAGGCAUAAUUGUCCAAAUAGUUAAAUCCAAAAUUAUUAAUGCCACCACAGUGGAAAUUGAACUGGCCAUAAAAAACUGGCUCAAACAUGCUCCACAACGGACCAGACUUCAGUUAAAGAAGGUUUGAAAUAUGGUAGCAUAGUGUAUAUACUUAAUGAUAGUAUAGUGUAAGUUUUGAAAUUAAUUAUUGUUUAUACUUGUUUGAUUGUACUAGGUAUACUGGUACUUAUUUUGAAUUUUUUAUAUUAGUUUAACUGGGUUGACACAACAAAAUAAUAAUGUACAACAAAUCUAAAUUGAAGACUGUAAUUAGUCAACGUCACCUUGACCGUAAAAUAAAAAAAAUAGUUGAAAACGAACUUAAAAAGGUUAAUGUGUCCUAUAGUAAUCAAAAUUCUGAAAACAAUGUAAAUACUGAGGUCAAUUGCAUAGGUCAAAAUUUGACAGAAAUUCAACAGGCAUCUGAUGUAGGUGACAAUCUGUCUUUUACCCAUGAAAACCAGGAAGAAGAUAAUUCAUUUGCUGAUAUUUUAAUUCCUGAAAAACCAUUCGAUUUUGGUGACAGCUCACAAUCUUGUAGCAAUACAAACCUAGCUAAUGUUAAUAAUUUUGAUAAAAAUGAUAAACCAACAAUUCAAGAAAAACUGCAAAAUUGGGCUGUUACCAAUAAUGUGUCACAUUCUGCAGUUACAGAUCUCUUGCAUAUAUUACAUGAAGAUUAUCCAACGUUGCCAUUAGAUGCCCGAACACUUCUGAAAACUCCAAGAUCGUUACCAAAAAUACAACUUGAUAAGGGUGAACUAGUACACUUUAAUUUAAAAAAUACUUUGCUCCAAAUUUUGGCAUCUAACGAGUCAUUUAGAAAUGAAGAUACACUUUUGUUGAGUUUCAAUGUAGAUGGUCUUCCUAUUUUUCAUAGUUCAAAUACAAACUUUUGGACAAUUUUAUGUUUGAUUAAAAAUUUUAAUAUACCACCAUUUGUUGUAAGUAUAUAUUGCGGAUCUGGCAAACCAAAUCCUCUAAAUAUAUAUUUGAAAAAUUUUAUUAUUGAUCUUAAAGAUUUGCUUGACAAUGGCCUUACAUAUGAGAGUUUAACGUAUUCCAUUCAAAUUCAUAGUUUUGUAUGCGAUUCUCCUGCUAAGGCAUAUAUAAAAUGUAUAAAGUCUCACGGAGGAUACUCUUCAUGUGAUAAAUGUAUAGAAGAAGGUACAUAUGUUAAUAAGAGAGUUAUUCUUCAAAAUCGCAAGGCUACUAAACGAAAUGAUACUACAUUUAGACUCUUGCAGGAUGAAAAUCAUCAUCAUGGUAUUUCACCUCUUGCUGAAUUGCAAAUUGGUAUGGUAACACUUUUCGCUAUAGACUAUAUGCAUGCAGUUUGCUUAGGAGUCAUGCGUAAAUUGUUAAAUUCCUGGAUUUCUGGUAAACUAUCCGUGAGACUGUCAGCUAGACAGGUACAAAUGUUAUCUGAAACAUUAAUUUCUUUAAAAGAGUACAUCCCUGUUGAGAUCAACAGAAAACCAAGACAACUUUCAGAGUUGGCUCGUUGGAAAGCAACAGAAUUCAGAACAUUUUUGUUAUAUUUAGGCCCAUUUGUUUUAAGAGAUGUUAUUGACAAGCGUAUUUAUGAGCAUUUUUUACUUUUGCAUUGUGGAAUUUUUAUACUUGUUUCUUCUAAAUUUAUUAAAAAUUUUGGAACUGAAUUGCCAAGAUCAUUACUUGAUACAUUUGUCUCUCAUUGUGAAAAUAUAUAUGGAUUGGAGUACUUAAUAUAUAAUAUUCAUAUUUUAAUUCAUCUUACAGAUGAUGUUGAGAAUUUUGGAGCUCUAGAUAAUUUCUCAUCAUUUCCGUUUGAAAAUUAUUUAGGCCAGAUUAAAAAAUUAAUAAGAAAUUCAAACCGACCUUUACAUCAAAUAUAUAAUCGUUUAGUUGAAGCAAAUCUUGUAGUAAAAACGAUUAUAGAGAAAAAGUCUCUUGAGUUUUUGUAUGAGCAUCAUACAGGUCCUAUCUUGAAUUUAAAAAUAAAGGUUCUUCAGUAUAAAAAACUUGUUUACAAAGACUUUGUACUCUCCGUUAAAUCUUACUCCAGAGCAGAUUGUUUUUGUUUGUUACUUAAUGGAGUUGUUAUUGAAAUUCACAAUAUAUGUACUCAAAGUAAUAAUAAAAAUGAAUAUAUUUUAAUUGGCAAGGAAUUUAUGAUUUACGAAUCACUUUAUGAUUAUCCUAUACAUUCUUCUCUUCUUAAUAUAUUCAUUUUGAAAGAAUUGUCUGAUUUAAAGAUAUACCAAAUUAAGAAUACUCCAAUAAAAUGUUUGAUUUUCUCAUAUUUAUCCAAGAAUGCAUGGAUUUCUUUUCCAUUAUUACAUACAAUUUGAUAUUGUUUUCUGUUUUACAUUUAUACAGAAACAAUAGGUACAUUGUUCCUGGCAAGAUGUUCCUCCAGUUAAAAUUAAGAUAAAAAAUUCAAUAUGGCUGUUGUAAUUGAAAAAAAAAAACAGCGUAAGUGCAUGUCUAUUUCGUAACUUACCAAUGUCUUUUAAGUAAUAGUAAAAAUUAUUUAACAAAUGGUUAUGAAAAAUCUGAAACUUCAUCCAAUUUUUAAAUACAUACUCUAUAUCAAAUAAUAUAAUAUGCCACUGACUAGAAGUUAAAAAGUUACGAUAGCGACAUAGCUGUUUUUUUUUCAAUUUUAAACUAUUUGGAUACUAUGUAUUUAAUAAUGAGUUUCAAAAAAUUAUUUUUAGUAGUUGUUUUUGUGUGAGCCUCAUACAGGUCUUACCUUAAAUUUAGAAAUAAAGGUUCUUCAGUAUAAAAACUUGUUUACAUAGACUCUGUUAAAUCUUACUCCAAAGCAGAUUGUUUUUGUUUGUUACCUAAUGGAGUUGUUAUUGAAAUUCACAAUAUAUGUACUCAAAGCAAUAAUAAAAAUGAAUAUAUUUUAAUUGGCAAGGAAUUUAUGAUGUACGAAUCACUUUAUGAUUAUCCUAUACAUUCUUCUCUUCUUAAUAUAUUCAUUUUUAAAGGAUUGUCUGAUUUAAAGAUAUACCAAAUUAAGAAUACUUCAAUAAAAUGUUUGGUUUUCCCAUAUUUAUCUAAGAAUGCAUGGAUUUCUUUUUCAUUAUUACAUACAAUUUGAUAUUGUUUUCUAUUUUACAUUGAUAAAGAAACAAUAGGUACAUUGUUCCUGGCAAGAUGUUCCUACAGUUAAAAUUAAGAUAAAAAAUGCAAUAUGGCUGUUGUAAUCGAAAAAAAAACUUAAGUAGAACUUAAAAAGUUGCGAUAGGGAUAUAUCUGUUUUUUUUUUUUCAAUUUUAAACUAUUUGGAUACUAUGUAUUUAAUCAUGAGUUUCAAAAAAUUAUUUUUUAGUAGCUGUAGAACCUUUACUUAUAGUCGGUUCGCUAAACUCGAGACACAACUGGCUAGAUAUUUUAGUAGGUAAUUUUUUUGUUAUUUUGCCAAUUUUGCAAAAAUUGGCAAAAUUACAAACUAUUUAGUGAUUAUUAACUAUUUAGUAAUUAUUUUUUGCCAAUUUUACUAAAAUUGGCAAAAUUACGGACUAAAAUAUCUAGCCAGUUGCGUCUGAGUUUAGCGAACAGACUAUACUUUAAUUUUCUUAUAUGGGCAUGCUUUGUACGUUUUUAGAAAUUUAAAAAUAAAAUUGUAUUAAAACUA